AUGGCCCAGCCUGCCUCGAACGGCGCCGCGCAGGAUGUGCGCAACGCGAAGCCGAGUCCUGAGAGGAUAUGGUCUCUCAAGGACCCCCCCUUCGAGGGAAUUCGCGACAUUGACAACGAGGGCUACCGCCGUAGCGAUUCCAACACGGCCAUCGUCAUCGACAAUGGCUCGUCCGCUGUGCGCGCCGGCUGGGCCUUCGAUGAAAGCCCACGCCUCUCAGUUGCACCGAUGAUGGCUCGCUACAGAGACCGCAAGCUUAACACCACUUUCCAAUUCAUCGGUAACGAGGUCUACGCCGACGGCACCGCGCGUGGCCAGGCCAAAGGCGUUUACGAGCCCGGCACGAAUGUCAUCAACAACUGGGAUGUGAUGGAGGGUGUUCUGGACUAUGUCUUCACAAAGAUGGGUGUCAACGGCUCCAGUGGCGGCAUUAAUCGCCCUGUCGUCAUGACGGAGCCUGUCGCAAACCUGGGAUAUUCGCGAAGGACUAUGUCUGAGAUUCUCUUCGAGCUUUAUGGCGCGCCCUCUGCGGCUUUCGGCAUCGACUCCCUCUUCUCGUAUAACUACAACAACGGCAAGAACGGCCUCGUCGUCUCCUCGUCCUACACCUCCACCCACCUGAUUCCCGUCAUCGAGUCCAAAGCCAUGCUAUCCCACGCCACGCGCAUCAACUGGGGUCGCUUUCAGACCGCCGAGUUCCUCCAGAAACUGCUCCGUCUCAAAUACCCGACUUUCCCCGGCAAGCUUACCGAUAUUCAAGCCGAAGACCUUGUCCGCGAACAUUGCUACGUGUCGCAAGAUUACGAGAACGAGCUUAGCAAAUACCUUGACUGGACUGGGUUGGAGGAUCGGGAUCAUGUCAUCCAGUUCCCUUUCACCGAGCAGGUGGUGGUGCAAAAGACCGAGGAGGAGCUGGCGCGUGCUGCUGAGAAGCGUAAGGAGAGUGGAAGGAGACUGCAGGAACAGGCAGCGAAGAUGCGUUUGGAGAAGCUGAUUGCAAAGGAGCAGGAGCUGGCGUACUACAAGGAGCUUCAGAUCAGGCUUUCGGAAACGACCAAGAAAGAGGGCAAGCGCAUUCUCGAAGGAGAGGAUUUCGAUGACGAGGCGCAGCUGGAAAAGAGAAUCAGAGAGCUGGACAAGUCCAUCCGGAAGGCUAGGAAUAAGGACGUCGGUGAUAUGGAAGAGGAAGAGAACGAGCCACCGACGUUCCCGCUUGUGGAUGUGCCAGAUGACCAGCUCGACGAGGAGGGCCUGAAGCAGAAGCGUCAGCAACGCUUGAUGAAGUCUAACUACGAAGCUCGUCAACGUGCAAAGGCUGAGAAGGAGCGCGAAAAGGCAAGAAUUGCGGAAGAAGAGCGCCUGGAUAAUGAGCGAAGAGAGAAUGAUCCCGAGACAUGGAUUGACGAGAGAAGGGCAGCACGCCAGGCCAUUAUUCAGAAGAUCAAGGACAGGGAACGCCUGAAAGCCGACUUGGGCAACCGCAAAUCUCUCGCUGCACAAAUGCGCAUGAAGAGCAUUGCCAACCUUGCCUCCGACAACCCGACAAAGAAACGCCGCCGCGGUGCCGACGAAGACACAUUCGGAGCUGACGAUGCCGACUGGGGCGUCUAUCGCACUAUUGCUACUGGUGAAGGGUCGGAUGAUGAGGAAGAAGAGGAUCUCAACACCUCCCUCAAAGCCAUAGAAGCACAGCUUCUCAAGCAUGACCCCAACUUCACCGAAGAAAGCACCCGUGAGGCGCAGAUGGACUGGACCAAAUCUCUCCUCCAUUCCUUCACCCACGGCCCGUAUGCAUUCGAUCCUGAGUCACAGCGGGAAGCUCACCAGAUCCACCUGAACGUCGAGCGUAUCCGCGUCCCAGAAGUUGUCUUCCAGCCGUCCAUUGCCGGCCUCGAUCAGGCUGGCAUUGUUGAAAUCGCGGCCAGCAUCCUGACGGAGCGCCUCGCAGAUCACCCUCGCCAGAAGGACGUCUUGAGGGACGUUUUCCUGACGGGAGGCAAUACGUUAUUCAAGGGCUUUGAGGAAAGGGUGCGGGAUGAGCUCAGAGCGUGUCUGCCGAUUGAGGCACAACUAGUAGUCAGGCGGGCGAAGGAUCCGGUGCUGGACGCGUGGAAGGGUGCCGCAAGGUGGGCGAAGAGUGGGGAGAGCAAGAAGAGUUGGGUCAGCAAGGCGGAGUGGGCAGAGAAGGGCGGCGAUUAUAUCAAGGAACAUGAUUUCGGCAACUCUUACUCAUGCCACCACGGUCUGAAGCCCACCCUACUCACCGCUGAUACGGAUAUGAAUUCUCACUCAGCUCCCCAUUCGGAGCGGUCAACUGAAACUCAGGCAACCAUGCCGUUUGAGGAAGGCAGUGACGUGGGUGAAGAGUUUGAGGAUAUCAUGGAAGAUGAAAUGGACCUGGACGGCAGAACUGACCCAACCACGGAUGACUAUGUCCAACCGGUCAUGGACGAUGAGCUCGACUCUGAUGGUGAUGAGAGUGUUGACUCCUAUGAGCAACUCCCAGACGAGAGCGACGAAGAUACGCCCUACCUUUCAGCUCGCUCUCACCCUACCGACAAGAGCGGUCGCAAGCCAGGAACAGCAGGAACCCGUGGGCAACCCUCAUCCUCGGCCACUAUCGCCGCUCCCGGAAACACGACUGCCUCCGGCAGUGAGACCACCACCAACCGCUCAUUUGACUCCCCCAAGCACGGCCGCGCCCUGAGCACCAGUCUCGACGCCGUCAACACCCUCAUUUUCACCAUGAAAACCUUGGGUCACGGCGACAAAGCGGUAGCCGCGAUGCUGCGCGAGAAAGGCCUCGGCACCUACGACGCGAAGACCAUCUCGACGCGGUACCGGCGCAUCCGCGAGGCCAAGAUGGCCGAGACGGACGCGGCGCUGCGCACGCACCGCAGGCACUGGACCACGGACGAGGACGCCGCCCUCAUGGACGCGUACCUGCACGCGCUGCGCCGGCAGGACAAGGAGAUAGCGCGGCUGCGGAAGAGGUUGUUCAAAGACGUGGCAUCUCGCCUGGUGGACACGCUUCCCAAAGCGUUCUUCUCGGCCGAGGCGUGCGAGAGCAGGCACGCGGAGUUGAGCAGUGGCAGGGCGGUAACGGAGAGAGAUUUGAACGAUCCGGAGGUAGCGAGGGCGGAGGGUGGGAGGAGGCUGAUGGCAGUUUGCACGGCAGAUAUGGAGAGAGUUGGGAAGGAGUGGAUGGAAUGGGAGGAUGCGAUUGUGAGGGAGUUGGCGGAGGGCGAGAGGGAGAGGAGGGCGGAGCUGAGGGUGGAGAGGGGUGGGACGGUCAGACAGUUGAGGGCGGAGCGUGGGCCGGUCGAGGUGGAAAAGGAAAGGGAGGGGAUUGAGUGCGAGUUGAAGAGCAGGUAA